AUGGCCAGCAUGAAAGACCAUGGACAACCCCCUCUGGAUGUAAUUCAUCAAACUCUUCAAUGUUUAUUGAUGUACAACCACUGGGUUUCUCAAAUGUUUUCUAUUGCUCGUUUGUUAGAUGAGGAGACAACCCAUCUUGAGGAAACUGCUGCUAACUCUGAAAUGAUGCAUUUGGCCCUGGGAAAAAGUCAGGGAUAUGUUGAUGAUAAGUACACAGAUCAUAUGCACACAUUUAAAAAAGAGAUGGCUGACUACUUGCAGAGGACUGGUGUAAAAAUUAAAACUACUUCAAACAGUACAGUUGUUGUGACUAGCUCUCUCCCGCAGCUUCGUGAUUUUGAAGUGGAAUUCAUGAAAGUUGUUAAGAAACAGACUGGAGUCAUAAGGAAAAGGGGGGAGUCAAAAAAGAUAAAAAAAUCACAGAAAUUGCAAAACUCACAAGGAUUGCAGAGCAGUACAGUUGGUGCAACAAGCAAAACAAACAGUCAGGUCUUUUGUCAGUUGAAAUCUUAUGUGUCGUCAUGGGUUACUGAAAAGCUGACUGAUGAGGAUUUUGAGGACAUAGAAAGAGAAGUUGGUGACACAGCUAAUUUCUGUAAUUCUGGAAAGCGUUUUGUUGAGGCAAGUUCACUGGCAUGUAUAGAGAAGGCUGAGACAACCCUGAGACUUGCUGCACAAGAUAAACACCACGUCGAUACUUCUUCUCUUGCUGACCGCAAAGCAGGAACCAUCUCAAAUGCAGGAAGUAAUGCAUCAAUCACUGGGAAUAUGAAAUCACAUUCUUCUAGCAUUAAAGGUAAUGGCAGCAUUCCACCAAUUGGCUUUGAAUUUGAUGACAACACAGCACAUGACAGUAACCCAUCGUUACAAGAUACACACCACAUCAAUACUUCUCUUGCUGACCACAAAGCAGGAACCAUCCCAGAUGCAGGAUGUAGUGCAUCAAUAACUGGGAGUAUGAAAUCGAUUUGUUCUGGUACUAAGGGCCGUAUUGGAGAGAAACGCAAGGGUAAAGACAGCAUUCCACCAAUUGGGUGUAAAUUUGAUGGUGACAAACUACAUGACCCAUCAUCAAUUAAAGAGCUUGAUGAUGCCAGGUCUAAAAGAACUGACUCUCUUACUGAUGCUUCAAACAAUGCAAGACCCAGUGAUGACAGUGGAAAUGCUACUGAGAAGAAAGCAAGACAUCCUCUGAAUAAAGAAUUUGAACAUGAACAAGGUGCAAAAUAUGGCAAAAACAUUAAAACUGUGAAUGAGUUUCAGAUCGACGUGGGCAAAUGCUUACAAGAUUUAUAUCUGUCAUACUUUACAAAAGAAGGCGUGGAAAUAUCCGUGGCCAUGGGGGACAUUACAAGAGUGAAAACAGAUGUGAUGGUGAAUGCUGCAAAUGCUAAACUGGACCAUGCUGGUGGAGUAGCCUCUGCAAUCGCCAAAGCCGGUGGUAAGCAGAUAACACAAGAUUGCAAGGACUAUAUAAAACGGCACGGUGAAUUGAGGGUGGGUGAACAUUGUACAACAUCUGGUGGGAAACUACCUUGCCAGUAUGUCAUUCAUGCUGUUGCUCCAGUCUGGGGAGUUGGUAAGGAAUACCAAGCGCUCUGUGUCGAAGUACUACACACAAUGCUGUUAAAUAUAUUACAAUAUGCGUCUUGUAUGAUGAAGAUGCCAUCAUUGACACUGCCAGCAAUUGGUGCAGGUAUAUAUGGGAUGCCAUUAGAUGUCAAUGCACGUGUGUUUCACAAUGUCGUGAAACAGUUUUCAUCCACAUACAGUGAUAAUGACAAGCUUAAACAUGUUCAAAUACUCCAUAUCGAUGAAGAUGCGGCAGGAGAGUUUAUUUUAGAGUUUAGUGGUGCUCUUUCUGAUGAGAAGGCAAAUGAUAGACAUGCUGAAGCUUCUCAUGCAUAUGGAAGACUUCUUGAUGGGAACCAACAGAAGUUUUGGGAUGAACGAUCACAAAGUAAACAUGGUCACGAACAACUGCAAAUUCGUGAUGGUGAUGAGCAAACCCAAAUUCUUCAUGGUGAUGAACAUCCCCAAACUCGCCGUAGUGUUGAACAUCCCCAAACUCGUCGUGGUGAUGAACAUCCACAAACUCGUCAUGGUGAUGAAGAUCUUCAAACUCAUCGUCGUAGUGAUGAACAUCCCCAAACUCGUCGUGGUGAUGAACAUCCCCAAACUCGUCAUGGUGAUGAACUUCUCCAAACUCGUCAUGGUGAUGAAGAUCUUCAAACUCAUCGUCGUAGUGAUGAACAUCCCCAAACUCGUCGUGGUGAUGAACAUCCCCAAACUCGUCAUGGUGAUGAACUUCUCCAAACUCGUCGUGGUGAUGAACAUCCCCAAACUCGUCAUGGUGAUGAACUUCUCCAAACUCGUCAUGGUGAUGAAGAUCUUCAAACUCAUCGUCGUAGUGAUGAACAUCCCCAAACUCGUCGUGGUGAUGAACUUCUCCAAACUCGUCAUGGUGAUGAACUUCUCCAAACUCGUGGUGAUGAACAUCCCCAUACUCAUCACACAAAUCCCUAUUAUGUCACUGAACAAAACUCUGAAGAGUCUGGGGCUGACUCCACUGGUGAAAUCAUUCCAUCAAGUCUUGCGUCCGACAUUGCUAUUUCAACACAGAAACAAGGAGAUUGUGACAUAUGUGCUGAAGACAAUACUUCACUGAAAUCAAUGAAAUGUUGCAAAAAUACUAUUUGUGUUGACUGUUUUGAUCGCCAUUUUGAAAACGAUGGCAAGUGCCCAUUCUGCACUGCAGUAGUACUCAUUAGGCGAGGAAACCAACCCAAUGGUGAAAUGGAUGUGGAUUUCAGAAUGAAGGACCAUUUGCCAGGCUAUAAUGGCAAGGGUACUAUAGUUAUUGACUAUAGUUUUCCAAGUGGAGUACAGGAGAAAAACCACCCAAACCCAGGACAAAAUUACUCUGGUACAAGUAGACGAGCCUAUCUACCAGCUGAUAGAGAUGGAAAAGAAAUUUUAAAUCUACUGAAGAGGGCGUUUGAUAGUGGUUUGUUAUUUACUAUUGGGAAGUCAGUGACUACUGGGAUGGAUAACUGCGUUGUAUGGAAUGAUGUCCAUCAUAAAACAAGUAGAACAGGAGGAGCUGCCAGACAUGGCUAUCCUGACCCCACAUAUCUAUUUCGAGUAAGGGAAGAACUGGCAGCGAAAGGAAUCAAGUAA